AUGGCGUCCAGCCGUGAACAACUACGGUCUGACAAGCCCUCGAGAGCAUCACAACCUCACCCCUCCCCGGCUAAGGCCCCACCCCCAGCAACCGCGGCCCUCCUCCGCGAUUAUGCCCUCAACAUAGAAUCCUCAGAAAAUCGCCGAGACUCCAGCACCGCGCUGCUCUCACAGAGCCCUGGGUCGACCUCAGACGAAAUCGCCGACUGGCCGUUGCCUCCCAACCUCCGCUCGUUGCACCAGAAGUCGAUUACCCGACCGAGAUCGACCAAAGCCCUGUCGACUGACUGUAUCCCGAGACAGACCAUUUUGAAGGCGUUGGCCUCCAGGCCUUUGAUUCUCCGAAAUCCCAAUCACAGUCUAUCCGCCAGCUCAUUGACGAACAUGUUGGCGAACAAAUCCACACAGGCUUCCCCGCCCUCCGAGGAUCGCCGGCGCGGGAGCAAUGCCUCUCAAAAUCUCUCUGCGGCGCUUUCCAACCUUCAAUUGAGCGGGUAUCUCGAUCGAUCGCCUGCGACCGCAAGACUAGUUUUGCAAUCCCCGUGUUACUUCCACCAACGCUUCGACGAUGCCGUGAACAUAAAGAAGGUGUUGGAGGAAAUCGCCGACGACGAAUGGCUCUCGCACUCUCGACUUGUUCAGACUGCGACAGGUGUGCGUGAAGUGUCAAAGCAGCUUCAGCGUCGGCCUAUCAAACGAGCAGUGCGAAACGUCAUGAUUGUGACCAAAGCUCGGGAUAACAGUUUGGUGCACCUGACUCGGGAGGUCGCCGAGUGGCUGCUUUCCACCCCCCGGUACGGCAGUGACCUCGGCGUGAAUGUAUACGUCGAUGCGAAACUCCGGAAUUCCAAACGAUUCGAUGCCCCGGGCCUACUCCAGAAGGAUCCGAUGUUCGCCCAAAUGCUUCAUUUCUGGACACCAGACCUGUGUUGGACAUCACCGGACAAAUUCGACCUAGUCCUCACCCUAGGCGGCGAUGGCACUGUUCUCUUCACCUCGUGGCUCUUCCAGCGCGUGGUUCCACCUGUCCUUUGCUUCUCACUCGGAAGCUUAGGUUUUCUCACGAACUUCGAGUUCUCCGACCAUAAAUCACAACUCAACGCCGUCAUGGGCGAAGUCGGCAUGCGCGUGAAUCUCCGCAUGCGCUUCACAUGUACUGUCUUCCGUCGAGACCGUAGCAAAAGCGCAGAAGUUGGCGCCGUGGAAGAAGGCGAGCAGUUCGAAGUGUUGAACGAGCUCGUCAUCGACCGAGGCCCAUCCCCUUACGUCUCCAACCUGGAGCUGUACGCUGACGACGAACUUCUCACCGUCGUCCAAGCAGAUGGCUGCAUCUUCUCAACUCCGACUGGCUCCACUGCCUAUUCCCUUUCUGCUGGCGGCUCUCUCAUGCACCCCUCCAUCCCGGGUAUCCUCCUCACGCCCAUCUGCCCCCACACACUCUCCUUCCGCCCCAUGGUCCUCUCAGACUCCCAUCUUCUUCGCAUCGCGGUCCCAAACUCUUCCCGCUCAACAGCCUACUGUUCCUUCGAUGGAAAGGGUCGUGUCGAGCUCCGCCAAGGCGACUACGUCACCGUCGAAGCAAGCCAGUACCCCUUCCCAACUGUCGUCUCAAACAAUAAUGAAUGGUUCACAAGUGUCCAGCGCGCUCUACGUUGGAACACCCGUGGCGCCAUUCAAAAAAGCUGGGACGGAGGCGACGCAGACGCCGAAUACGGCGAAAACGAAGACGAGCAGUGGGAUAUCGACACCGAUGCCGGGCUAGCCGGUACGGACAGUGGUAUCGGCCCCAGUGAAGAUGGAGACGCGCUUUCUCCAAACCCCAUGCGCAGACAAAUGAGCUUGCUCAAUAUGUGA